UCCCCAAAUGGCCCCCCAGCCAAGGCCAGAGCCGCCUGCCCACCUGCUGGGCCCAGUGCUGCCUCAGCCGGUCCAGCAUGCUGGGCACCGUGAUCCUGCUGCUGGCCCUGCUCCCAGGGACGACCACCGUGCCCAGCGAGCCAGCUGCGUCCCCGUUCCCCGCGGCGCCAGGGCCCAGGCUGCGCCGACCCCUUUUCAGUCUGGAGCUGUCGGACGCGGAGGACGCCUUCCCGCGCCGCGCGGGGCCGCUGGAGGUCCCGGCCGACAGCCGCGUGUUCGUGCAGGCGGCCCUGGCCCGUCCCUCCCCGCGCUGGGGCAUGGCCCUGCACCGCUGCUCGGUGACACCAUCCUCACGCCCGACCCCGGGCCCCGCCCUGGCGCUGCUGCGCGGGGGCUGUUCCGCCGACUCCUCGGUCACCUUCCCGACACCGCGGCCGCUCCCAGGUGCCGCUCGCCCCGCGCGCUUCAGCUUCCGCCUGCGCCCGGUCUUCAACGCCUCUGUGCAGUUCCUGCACUGCCAGCUGAGCCGCUGCCGCCGCCUCCGGGGAGCCCGCCAGACGCCUGCGCCUCUGACGCUGUCUUCACCGUCGCCGCCCCUUAGGUGUCUGCCUCAGGAUGAGGCGUGCGCGGGCGCCGGCAGUGGCCGCGAUGAGAGUCUGGGUGCCGACAGCCCUCACCUGCACACGCUGACGCAGCCCAUCGUGGUCACGGUGCCGCGGCUGCCCCCCAGGCCACCCAAGGGCGUCCCCGGCACAGCCGUGCGACCCGAGCCUCCCGCGCCGGCCCCGGGGAUCCUGGAGCCCGCGCCGGUGGUAGCACUUGUGUUGGCCGCCUUCGUGCUGGGCGCCGCUCUGGCCGCCGGGCUCGGCCUCGUCUGCGCUCACUCAGCGCCCCCGCCCCCCGGCCCGCCCCCGAGAGCCUCGCCCAGCGGCCCACCGCCCAGGAGGCCCCAGUGAGGCAGGCGGAGUACCAAAUGUUUUACGGAUAUUAAUCCUUGUAACCAGCUUCAGGUAGAUACUCUUAUAAUCCCCAUAAUAGAGAUUUUAAAAUGAGGUAAUCUCUGAAAUUAACUUGCCAAAGGUCACAAAAUUUGGUGGAGCUGGGAUUCGAAAUCACGUAGUGGGUGACCCGCGGCCGACUGCGGGCUUAGUGUCGUAAGAAAGAACCUCAACACCUCAAGACAGGCACACUAGGCAAGGAGAAUUCGGGUUUCAGACCUAGCACCCACCCUCGCCCCGGCACACAGACUGAUGGGACGGCCAAUGAUCGGUUGGGAAGGGGGUGACCUGACGUAGCGUCCUCUCCCCUGCUCAGCCUGAGUCGCCCCUCUCCAGAGACAGCGCGCCCCCAUCAGGGUCCGGAGACAUACCAGCCACAGCCUUGGACCAGGCCCGCCAGGACCUGAGACUCGAUGGGACUAAGAUCCCUGCGCCCCGCGCCCCCUCUUGCUCCUCCUCCCACCCUCCCACCUGGGCUCAGAAUAAACAUCUGGCCUGAACUGCAGUGUUCUCAAGUCUGCGUGUGCGCGUGGCGCGGGGGUGGGGAUUCCAGAGUGGAAAAGGUCCAGACUGGAGGGGUGGAGCUUUGGGGCGGGGCUCAUAAGCCCUUAUAUAUACGUGUGCGGUUACCGCCCAGGGGAGUCCCAAGGGCAUUUUGUCCCAAACAAAAAGGGGACACUCAACCCCACCAGCUUAAAUUUAAAAAUAAGCUUCGUUUCCUUCUCCACCCCUGCACCGCCCACCUGCCUUCUCAACCCCAGGAUUUCUCCGCUCUCCACUCCCACCGCCCGGACCCUGCCCUCGCUAGGGCCUCGAGCUCAGGCCUCUGCUCCAGUCUCCUCUCCGUCUAGCCUAAAGGUCCUUAAAUCCCUCCUGCCCGAGCUUCUCCCUCCUCAGAGCAUAGACAAGGGGGGGACUAUUAGCUCCAUUUUACGGUUGAGGAAACUGAGGCUCGGCAAGGCCAAAUCACUUGCUCACCAGUCAGGGCUGGCCGACCCCACAGCCCAGGCUCUUGGCUACAAAGCACGUAAUAGGAGUU